AUGCUAUUCAAGGAUCUAUGUCUUCUUGGCGAUAAACCAUUGGUUGGGAGGUUGUUGGUAAUACUUACAAUUGCUGAGCACCACAGCAACAUUGUUCCUUGGCAACUUGUAGCUCAAAAGACUGGUGCUAUUUUGAAAUAUGUUACUUUAAAUGAAAAUGGAGCUCCAGAUAUAGGCAACCUAAAGCAAAUGAUUUCAAGGAAGACAAAAAUUGUAGCUGUUCAUCAUGUUUCAAACAUGCUAGCAUCUGUGCUUCCUAUUGAAGAGAUUGCACAUUGGGCUCAUGAUGUUGGGGCAAAAGUGCUCUUGGAUGCCUGUCAGAGUGUUCCACACAUGGCCGUCAAUGUACAGAGCCUUGAUGUUGAUUUUCUUGUUGCAUCUUCUCACAAGAUGUGUGGGCCUACAGGCAUUGGAUUCUUAUAUGGAAAGAGUGAGCUAUUGUCAGCCAUGCCUCCGUUUCUAGGUGGUGGAGAAAUGAUCUCUGACGUAUAUCUGGAUCAUUCCACUUAUGCCGAACCUCCAUCUAGAUUUGAGGCUGGAACACCUGCAAUCGGGGAAGCAAUUGGGUUGGGAGCAGCAAUUGAUUAUUUAUCUGGAAUUGGCAUGCAAAACAUACAUGAUUAUGAGUUGGAACUGGCUAACUAUCUGCAUGAAAGCCUUCGUGCUGUCCCCAAUAUUCGCAUCUAUGGCCCAGUACCUUCAGGAAGUAUCAGGCGUGCCGCCCUCUGCUCUUUCAAUGUCGAUAACAUUCACCCUACAGAUAUUGCGACAUUUCUUGACCAACAGCAUGGAGUGGCUAUCAGAUCAGGUCACCAUUGUGCCCAACCCCUUCAUCGCAGUUUAGGAGUCAGUGCAAGUGCACGUGCUAGCCUCCACUUCUAUAACGUUAAAGAGGAUGUUGACGAUUUUGUCCGGGCACUCAAGGACACUGUCAGCUUCUUCAAUUCUUACAAGUAGAGUUUAUUGUUCUCUUCUCUUCCGACCUCCUACUUCAGAUUUUGUGUCAACUGUCCUGCUUCUCCCACAUGACCAAAGUUUUAUAUGUCUUUAUCUUUUUCAUUUUCUACAGUUUUGUUAUGAGUGCUUUUUUGUAGGACAAUUGGCCUCUUGAAAUAGUUUAUUUAAAUUGAUUAGGGACCAUUUAGAGAUGAAUUGCAGCUUAAUGUUAUAGUCAUGUAUUAGGAUCCUCUGGAUAGUUCAUUUGAAUUAGAGAAAAUUUAAUUAGUUAUAUCGAAAA